GAUUAGAAUGAUGAGUCGUGCGCUGUUACUGCUGCUGUUGGCGCUCGUUGGCGCCAGCCAUGCGGCGACACAUGUCAACAUCUCCAUAGCCCAGCAGCCAGCCACAAAUCCGGCUGAUGUCACCAUCAUUGAUGGAGAGGCGCCGGCUGAGCUGAAGGCGGGUCCCUACAGAAUGCAGCAGGAGCAAGGCUUUGCCAGAUUGCAGGAGCGACCACAACAACAGCAGCAACAGCAACAGCAGCAACAGUUGCAGCCACAGCAGCAACAGCAGCAAAUGCAAUCACAGCAGCAACCACUGACUCCACGCCAGGGUUUGGGUCUGCAGCCUGCUCAACCAGUUGCCGUCAAUCCCAAUGCUCGCAUGCCACGUCGUCGUAUGCACAGUCGUCGUCCUUCCUUGUACCAACAGCCGCCGCUCAGCGGACAAUUCCGUCAGCGCAACCAGCAACUGCGUCAGAAUCAGGAGUUCGAGCGUUACAUACAAUCCUAUCAUAGCCAUGGACCUACCGUGGAAACUGUCUUUGAAUCCUCCAGUCCUUCGCCUCAGCGCUAUACUCAAUCCAGCAGCAGCAGCAGCUCUAGUUCCAGUUCCAUAGCUGACGACGAUGCUGUGUCCAUUGGUGGCAGCAAAUCCCAGCAGCUGCGCAUGUUUGAGCGUCAGGUAGUUGCGCCUGCAGCUCCACAGGGCCAGAGUGCCAACGUGGAGCAGGCACCGGAUAGCAAACCCAUCUAUGAGCCACAGGCCCCGCUGCCAGCCUCAGUGCAAGCUGCUUCCAUUGCGCCUGCAGCGGGCUCGAGUUCCAGCUCMAGCUCCAGCUCUAGCUCUAGCUCGGUUGCAGCGCCAGCUCCUGCGCCUGCUUCGACUCCCAAUGAGUCUGCCUACGAUCCCUCCUUCGACAACAGCUACAAUCGACCCAGCUACGACCAGGGCGGCUACAGCUAUGGCGAUUCCCAGGCUGACUAUCAGGAUCAGUAUCCACCAAAUGUAGAUGAGGCGUCCAGCUAUGAUGACUACGCCGACCAGUCUGGCGGCUAUCUGCCACCACAGCGUGGCUAUGCGCAGCCCGCACCGCCACGCCCCGUUGUCACCAAGACCAUACAGAUUGUGCAGCCGGCGCUGAAGGCCAAGAAAUACGAAGUGCGUCAUCCGGCUAUCCAAAAGGAGUUCUACGACAUCGAAGAGCGCGUGGUUAUUAAGCCAGCUGGCACGCUGGUGGUGGAGCUCGAUCAUCCAGUGGCCAAGAUACCUAGAGGUGAGACAUUGCUGCCCUUAGGUCAUCCACAUCCAGCCGUUGCCUCCGCCUACAACAACAAUGGACAGGUGCAAACACAGAGCUACAACAACAAUGGCAACGAGUAUAGGCCAUCCUAUGAUACGCCACAGAAGGAGCAGCAAUUGGGCACCACCAUUGGCUCCAGUGUGACGACCAUGCCCAGCUAUGAUCAGGCGCCCAAGGAUGACUAUGUCGAGGCGCAGCUGCAACAGCAACCCGGACAAGGCAGCGAUGCUCUCGACGGCAAUCGUCAGAGCUUGCCAGGCCCCAGUCCCAGCUCCAGCUCCAGCUCUAGCUCCAGUUCGAGUGUCAUCGCCACCGAUGGCAAUGGCAACCAAUACCAGAUCAAUAAGAAGCAUCUCACACCCAAGAUGCUGACACGUGUCGAGCCGGAGCAACAGCCUGACUAUGAGUACGGACGCAGUGAGGCCAGCUAUCCAACACAGCGUGGCUAUCAACGCAAUAGCUACAAUCGUGCCCCAUAUCAGACUCCCAGCAAUGACGAUUACUUCAGUGGCGAGUUCCUGCCCAAUGCCAAUGCUGGCAAUGUGGAGGCCAAGCCAGCUCGCCUGGAGGAGGCAGCGCCACGCACGCAGAUCAUUAAGCACGAGCACAAGAUCCAUUUGCCGCCAUCUCAGCAUAAUAUUUACCUGGGCCGCAGUCGUCAGCCUGCGCUCAAGGAGCGUCGUAUCACAGAGGUGCAGGAGGUGCCCGCAAAUGUGGCCGAGCUGAAACCAUAUUUACGCAACCAUGCCGGACCCACCGUGGUCUAUGCCAAGUCAACGGUGCGCACAGCUGCACCACGCGGCUUCUACCAGCAGUCCUCACGACAGCGCAGUCCACUGGCCGAAGAGCUGGAGUACAGUGCUCCAUAUUCGCGCAUGCGUUAUGAUCCGGAGCUGGAGUCGUCCAGCGGCCGCUUAGUGGAGGCAACAAAGCAACCGAAGCCAGCUGCCAAGGCGCAAAUUAAUUUGCAAAUUCCGCAUCAGGAUGAUCGCGAUCAAUCCAUUGUAGCCACGGCCACGAUUACGCCACUCAAGCCGGAUUGUGACCAGCAGAAGGAGCAGCAAGAGGAGCGAUCCUCGCGCUUGCAGCAGUAUCAACCGCAGCAGCAGUUCCAGCGCUUGGUAGAGCCACCCGCACCCGCGCCCGUUGUGCCCACCACACAGGCCACGCCCACUCCCGCACAGCAGCCGCUCGAUGUGGACGUCUCCCUGAAUGGUGCCGCUGGCCAUCUCAAUCGUCAUCUGCAGCCCAAUGAGCGCGUCAUCUCAGCCACAGCGGCGCCCACCGAUGCGGCGGCCACCAGCGAAACAUUCCACAAACGCCGCAUCGUGGUCAAUCAUCCAUUCCAGACGGUGCGCGAGGUGGUCGAGCAUGAGCCCAUCACCAACUAUCAUCAGAUCCAGGUAAAUGAGCCCGCUUCACCUGCACUCUACCAUCAAGCCGCCUACUACCAGCAGCCGAUGCAGACACACGGAAAUCUUGUUCAAUUCAAAUCCACAUCGACUCAUGGCAAUCUCUAUGCGCAUUAUGGCUAA